GGCUACUUGACAUGCUGUAUUAUUCAGACAGUUGAAGCCAUUGGUAGAAGCUUGCAUGCUGAGACGAUACGUUUAUUAUUUCGCGAAUUUUGAUUAUUAUCUAGUGAAAUGGCAGCGAUUAGUUUGUUAAAUCCCAAAGCUGAGUUUGCUAGAGCUGCUCAGGCUUUGGCUGUCAAUAUAUCGGCCGCAAAAGGAAUUCAAGAUGUGAUGAGAACGAAUCUUGGGCCGAAAGGCACCAUGAAGAUGUUGGUGUCUGGAGCAGGUGAUAUUAAAAUCACAAAAGAUGGAAAUGUAUUAUUGCAUGAAAUGCAAAUCCAACAUCCAACAGCAUCUCUGAUUGCUAGAGCAUCCACUGCUCAAGACGAUAUUACUGGGGAUGGCACAACUAGCACAGUAUUAGUCAUUGGAGAGCUUCUAAAACAAGCUGAUAUUUAUAUAUCCGAGGGUCUUCAUCCUAGAAUGCUCACAGAAGGUUUUGAACUAGCUAGAGUAAAAACUUUGGAAGUAUUAGACUCCUUGAAGAUUCUGAUUGAGCCCACAAAGGAAAAUCUAAUGAGCAUUGCUAGAACAUCGCUUAGAACUAAAGUCCACCCUACUGUAGCUGACAAACUAACAGAAGUCUGUGUGGAUGCAAUUUUGACUAUUAGACAGAAAGAUCAAGAAAUUGAUCUCCAUAUGGUUGAAUUAAUGGAAAUGCAGCAUAGAACUGCAGCAGAUACUAACUUAGUUCGUGGUAUUGUAACUGACCAUGGAUCUAGACAUCCAGAUAUGCCUAAGAGAGUAGAGAAUGCUUACAUACUAACUUGCAAUGUUAGUUUGGAAUAUGAAAAGAGUGAGGUGAAUAGUGGGUUCUUUUACAAAACUGCUGAAGAGCGCGAGAAAUUGGUAGCUGCAGAACGUGAAUUCAUCGAUAAUCGGGUAAGAAAAAUAAUCGAACUAAAAAAGAAAUUAUGUGACGGAACGGACAAGUCGUUCGUCGUCAUAAAUCAGAAAGGCAUUGACCCACCAUCCUUGGAUAUGCUUGCCCGGGAAAAUAUUUUGGCUUUGCGCAGAGCGAAACGUAGAAAUAUGGAACGUUUAGCACUGGCCUGUGGUGGAACAGCUAUGAAUUCCUUUGAUGACUUAACAGAAGAACACUUAGGAUGGGCCGGACUUGUAUACGAACAUGUAUUGGGAGAGACAAAAUAUACAUUUAUUGAAGAAUGCAAGAAACCGAAUUCCGUAACAAUCCUGCUAAAGGGCCCAAAUAAAUACACUUUAGAGCAAUUGAAAGACGCUGUAAGAGAUGGUCUAAGAGCUAUUAAAAAUGCUAUUGAUGAUCGCGCGGUUAUUCCUGGUGCUGGUGCUUUCGAAGUAGCUGCUAGUCAAGUACUCCAUCAGUAUAAAGAAAAAGUGAAAGGAAAACAACGCUUGGGUGUACAAGCUUAUGCAGAAGCUUUACUCGUCAUUCCAAAAACUCUUGCUGUAAAUAGUGGAUUUGAUGCACAGGAUACAAUUGUUAAGUUAUUAGAAGAAAGGUCCACAUUAGGUGAAGCGGUAGGAUUAGAUAUUUCUUCAGGUGAAGCAUUGAAACCCACGGAUGCUGGUAUUUAUGAUAAUUACAAUGUGAAGAAACAAAUUAUUAAUUCAUGCACAAUUAUUGCCAGUAAUCUCCUCCUGGUUGAUGAAAUUAUGAGGGCAGGAUUAUCGUCUCUGAAAGGUUAAAUCACACGGAUCGAACGCUUCAUAACUUUAUGGUUCUUUCAUCUAAUUUAAAUAUUGUAUUUGCACGAUCUCUACUGAACCUUCUGCAUAAUUUCUAUGUUUUUAUAUGCUUUUAAAUAACAAAAGAAUUGCACAGCGUAAUAAAUAAAAAUGCUACUUUUAAAUUAAAAAAUUCGGAAAUGAUAAAAACGUUUAUUAUUUGUGAAAUUUCCAUCACUGAUCGAGAUAUAUAUGAUCUCGAAUUGCAAAAUGGUAGUUUCGAAUACAACUUUGUACAAUUAAUGAUUUAAAUAAAAAAGAAGAAUGAAAUAAU